ACAGGGGCACCCCUUCUCCUCUCCCCAGCCACGAUCUUUGCGCAGCUGGAGGCGGAAUGGAUAAUCGUUCUCCUCGCGGGGGUUAGGAUGUUCCUCCGCGAACUGCGCGUGAAACUCUCGUAUUUACGUAGACUGCUCCAAAUUUACCCACGUGUUCCUGGAAAGCUUUGACACGAUCGGUAAACUCUGCAUGCUCGCCGGACGAUGGAGAAGCGAACAACAGACCCAGAAUCAUUGAGCGAGCCUGGGGCUCUACAGAGCGCCAUGACAGCCGGGCCAAGUCAACAGAGGUCUCCUCGGCUCGGUACAUAUAUAUUCGUGGGGCGUCAACACCAAUCAGUCAAGCAAGCUUCCACCGGCGGACAUUUUGUACGCAGCAUAGUUAUAUCAUCCUUACGUUCACAUUCAAAUUCACGUCUAUUACAGUGAAAUACCACUUUUACUCCAAUCGCUCUUGUCGAAUCCAUCAUCGACCCGGGCAGCACUUUUGGAAGUCAACAUGGCAGCCAUCAUGUCGGCGAUGCAAGUUUCCAGUGCCGCUGCAAUUGGAGGUCGGAGUAGCUUCUCACGGAGCACUCGCUCGGGCAGGCACUGCACGGGACUCACGAAUUUCAAGGCCCCUGCCUCGACCAGGAGGAGUCUGAUCCGCGUCGAGGCCAAGGACGGGCUGCAGGAAGCCGUGGACAGGAGCACCAAGGUUGAGAUCACUCGCGACGAUAUUCUCAGAAACCAGGAAGAGAACCAGUCAGAGAAGCAGUCUGUGUUCGGGGCCGUACCGAGCUCUGGAGGCUUUUACCCACGCCCCGAGAUCGAGAGGCGGCCAGAGACCGGUGACAGAUCUCUCGGCAGCAUUUUCGCCUUCGACGGCGCUGCGCCCGAAACUAUCAACGGCCGGAUGGCCAUGAUAGGCUUCGUGUGGGCCCUCCUGGCGGAAAAAGCAACGGGGCUCGGUGUGCUCGAGCAGGUCAUGAAUCCCGGAGCAGCCGGGCUGGUCAAUUUCGUUGCUGUUGUGCAGAUCUUCACAUUCGCGUCCAUCGUGCCGAUUCUGAAAGGAGAGUCCACAGACGCUCGUCGAUGGGGUCCGUUCAGGGCUCAAGCCGAGCGCUGGAAUGGACGUCUCGCUAUGAUCGGAUUUGCUGCUCUGAUCAUUGAUGAGGCCAUCCGUGGGAUGCCAUUCAUUUCCGCUCUCCAUUGAGACGUCUUUACUGUCGGGAGUGAGUAGUUGUAUAGUAGUGGAUGUGAUACGGUAGCGCUUUCAGGAAGAUAUUUCCGCUCAUGAUUCGCACUCCGAAGCAAUCAUGAGCUCCAGAACUUCCAAGCGAGUUCAGUGCUCUUCCUAGCAUUGUGUGAUACUAGAAACUUCGAAACCCUCCUUAGAAUUUGUUUUUGUCUGCUGUACAUUGACGGCCAUGGAGGUAUAUCUCCCGGCAUGUAAACUUUGCGAUUCUGAUAAUGUCAUGAAUCAAAUCUUC